GAGAACACAAGCACCGCUGCGCCUUCCUGAGAGGCAGGCUGAGCGAGGGUAACCGCCGACAGCGGGAGCCCGGCCUGAGCGGAUGCGCAGCGAGGACCGGGGCUCUGACCGCACCGCCCCUGGCUGGGCCCCGCCCCGGGAGCGCAGGCCCCGCCCCUUCCGCCCGGCCUGCCUGAAAUAAUUGCUGAUAAGGCCUCUGUAGCCAUGGCUAGUUCUGAUGUGAAACCAAAAUCAAUAAGUCGUGCCAAGAAAUGGUCAGAAGAAAUAGAAAAUUUGUACAGAUUUCAACAAGCAGGAUAUCGGGAUGAAAUUGAAUAUAAACAAGUGAAACAAGUUGCAAUGGUGGACCGUUGGCCGGAGACAGGCUACGUGAAGAAACUUCAGCGAAGGGACAAUACUUUCUACUACUACAACAAACAGAGGGAGUGUGAGGACAAGGAGGUCCACAAAGUGAAAGUUUAUGCAUACUGACCCUUUCAUUUCUUCGGUUUGGCAAUGCUACUGUAAGAAUUCAUUGUUUACAUUUCCAUCAUGUAAAUGUCAUUUUACGAAACAAUUCAGGAUUCUGUCUUUAAUUCAUAAUGUCUUGCAACAUGAACA